AUGGCGGCCGUUUCAGCACCCACACCCAAGCUGGAUCGCUACAUUGUCAUCCACGUUGCAACCACCUGCGACGAGCAUGGCGUCUAUGUCACCAAGGAUUCCGCCGAGGUCAUCGAAUUGGGCUGGAUUCUGUUGGACACCAAGACCUGCGAAGAGCACGUCCGCUCCGCAGGAACCUUCCGUGAUGCCAUCUCCCGAUUCGAUGCCUUCGCCCAGGAACACCUCACCAGCAAACAACUUGAGUUUGCCUUCGUGACCUUGGAUUCGUGGGAUCUGCGCGUGCAGCUGCCCCGCGAGGCCCGUGAUAAGGCCGUGGUACUGCCCGCUUACCUGCAACACUCGCGCACCUUCGACCUGCGCACUGAAUAUCAACGCUGGCAAACCCACCACCCCGAAUCGCUGCCCUUCGGUCCCAGCUCUCUCGCCAACAUCUGUGCCGCCCUAGAGGUCGAGCCCGUUCAGUCCUCGGCUCCCAUCAAGCACAACCUGCCCUUCCACCUGCAAGCGUUGGCCCCCGCUUCGCCGCGCCGUGCCAUGGAAGAGUCUAUCACUCUGGCCCGCGUGCUUCGGGGCCUGAUCCGCAAGUCUCAGCCCCCGCACGAGCAUCCCGAGAUCCUCACGCGCCCUAUGGAUGCCCACGCCGAUGUUCGAGCCUUCCUGGCGGAGCGCAGCAAGGUCCUGCACCUGAGCGGCCUUCCCCACGAUACCACGCAAUCGGAGUUGGAGAGUUGGUUCACCCAGUUUGGUGGCCGGCCCAUUGCCUUCUGGACUCUUCGCACUCCCGACCAGCACAAGCCUACCGGUACUGGGUUCGCGGUGUUUUCGUCUCAUGAAGAGGCCGCUGAAAGCCUGUGCAUGAACGGCCGCGCCCUCAACGAGAAGGCCAUUGAAGUGUCUCCCUCCUCCAGCCGUGUUCUCGACCGGGCGGCUGAGAUUCUCACACCAUUCCCUCCCUCCAAGAACCGCCCGCGUCCCGGUGACUGGACUUGCCCGUCUUGUGGCUUCUCCAACUUCCAGCGCCGUACCGCCUGCUUCCGCUGCUCGUUCCCUGCCAUGGCAGCGGCACCGGACCCCAUGGGUUACGGCUACGGCUACGGCCCGCCCAACAUGAUGCCUCCCCACAUGGGCCACAGCCACGGAAUGGGCGGCCACGGACGUGGUAUGGGUGGAAACGGUGGCGUGGUCCCCUUCCGCGCCGGUGACUGGAAAUGCGGCUCAGAGGGCUGCGGUUACCACAACUUCGCCAAGAACAUCAAUUGUCUUCGCUGCGGUGCUCCACGCUCGGGCGCCGCCGUUGUGGCCGACUCGGCGUUCCCGUCUCCCAUGGAACCCCCGUCGCAAUUCGGCAUGGGCCCCAACUCGAUGGCAAGCACCCCUGCCCCCGGUCCUUUCGCCUCCACAGCCGGGGGCUUCGGUGGAUUCAGCCAGCAGUUUGGCGGCCCGCCUAGCAACUAUGCUCUCCCCUCGGGCGGCCUGAGCAACAACCCUGGAGCGUACCCGCCCAUGGGCCAGGUGAACUCCGGAUACGGCUCGUCGGGCACCUCCCACUCCGCCGCCUCCUUCGCCAACCCAGCCACCCAGGCGGCGUUCACUGGUGCUGAUCACGGCGUGCCUUCCACCAGCGCUUCCAACGGUGCUUUCUACGGCGGUUCCGAGGGCUCCAACGAUCCGUUCGCCUUCCUGUCUACCGGCCUUGGCGGCCUGACGGUUUCGGAUGAUACCCACUCGCGCCGCAACGGCGCCGGUGCGAACAAGUCGCCCGCGUAA